AUGGAGGAGGAACUGCGAUGCCCUAACUGCAAAGCUUACUUUGUGAACCCUGUGCUCUUGCCGUGUGGCCAUUCACUCUGUCUGACGUGCGCUCUAGCAUUGCAGAGCUUGCACCCAGGAGAUGAACCCCCUCUUGGUUUCUCAGCUGCUGCCGAUUUUUGUAUCGCUCACGAUUCUGGAGGAUCCGGGGGCAGCGACACGACCAGCCUCUGUGUCAGCGAAGUCGAUACGGAAUAUUGCGAAAAAGUGUCAAUGUUAUCGGAGACAGAUUCUGGCGUCAUAUGCAACGGCAGUCGUCCUGGCAGCUUUGUGGGAACCCCAUGUUCGCGCCGGUCUGCUACUGUUUCUUUGAACUGCCUGCAGUCGACUUCGUCCUACCUGGUUUGUCCAGCAUGCCAAAAGUGUACUCAUUUUGAUGAGGUCGGCGCCAAUUCCUUGCCGAGGAACAGGGCGCUGGCCAACGUUGUGCUGCGUUAUUGCUCAUGGAACGCAGCAAGUAAUCUGUCGUUCGCCGAUCCUUUCAGCCAGGCUUCACCUCAGUGCCAACUGUGCGAGAAUCAGCCACUUCCAGCAACCGUCUUCUGUGGAGAAUGCAGCAUAUAUUAUUGCCAAAAGUGCCUUCGAAGCUGUCACCCUCUACGCGGUCCUUUGGCCAAACACAGCCUCUCCCCAAUUAUUCUACCGUCUCACCGAACCGUUACUUCCGAUUCUGAUUCCGUGAUCAAUAAAGAAGUGCAAUGCCCUGAACAUCAUGACCACACUCUCAACGUAUACUGCUUGAAAUGCAAGAAACCUGUUUGUCCUAUUUGCGUAGAAGAUACUCGCCACAGCGGUCACGAAACGCAAUCAUUUUUUGCAAUUACCAAAGCUCAAAAGGUACGUGCGCGUUUUCAAUUAAAAUCCGCAAAAUCUUAA